AAAUAUUAAUAAAUAAGGCAAAAAAAUUUAGAAAAAAAUGAAAUAAUAUUGCGUUUGUAAAAUAAAAAAAGUAAAUACAAGGAAAUAUUCAGAAUUUUUAGUAAAUAAAACAGAGCAACGACAUGAGGCUGCUGGUUUUAGCUCUAUUUCAAAAAUAAACAGUAACAAAAAUUAUGCGAAACACAAAGUACAAAAUAAAGUUUUGAAAUUAGUGUGAAAUUAAAACUUAAACCAAAAUGUUGUUCAAUAUUAGUUAUUUAAGUUGUUUGUGGAUGAGUUUGCUAUUGUGUGUCCCUUUAAAUUUGGCCAGCAAGUGUAGAGAUCGCAUUGAGAAUGACUGUUCGGUAGAAGUGCGACAUCAGUGUUAUUUUGAUACGGAAAGAACGUGUUUUAAACAUUUCAAAACAAAUUGUGAAAUGGAAAUAUCUGCUUGUAAAUAUGAAAAGGAGUAUCGCGCAUUUCCGGAAAAAUUCUGUAAAUCUUUGCAAUUUAUGUGCAAUGAAGAAAUCGAUGACUUUCACUGGCCGCCGGAUUAUUUUGAUGAACAAAUAGCAAAUCUGCGCAAAAAAACCGCUAAAUCCAUAUGAGGGCAUGUAUUAGGCGAAAAAUAAACUAUAAAAUUAAUAAAGUAAACAAAUAUCAUAAAUUAUGAAACGAGAAUUUUUCAAAUAUU